AAGUCAAAUGCCCUUUAUUCCAAUCUAUCGAAAAACCAACUUUUGUGAAUGUAAAUUUCAUCUACAGACCCUCGAACAUGUCCACCUUUGAUCCUAUGCCACAUCUUUCAGCAGUCCAGAAUUCAUCAGAUUUUCUUAGUACUAGCACCAUCAUUGCACUUACUGUCUUCUUUUCACUUCUCUGUGCUUGUAUCAUCAUAGGACAUCUACUCGAAGAGAACCGGUGGGCUAAUGAAUCUAUCACAGCACUUCUUUUGGGUUUUUGUGCUGGAGCUGUGGUGCUGUUAGUGAGUAAAGGCACUAGUUCGCGGAUUCUAGUGUUUAGUGAGGACUUGUUCUUCCUUUACUUGCUUCCUCCAAUAAUUUUCAAUGCCGGAUUCCAGGUCAAGAAAAAGCAGUUUUUCAAGAAUUUCACAAUAAUAUUGAUGUUUGGAAUAUUUGGUACAGUAAUUUCAUUCUGCCUCAUAUCACUAGGUGCCAUUUUGCUGUUCAAGAGAAUCGGUGUGACAUCCCUGAAUACUCAAGAUUACUUAGCUGUUGGUGCCAUAUUGUCAGCAACUGAUUCUGUGUGCACAUUGCAGGUUCUCAGUCAAGAUGAAACACCCUUCCUCUACAGUGUUGUGUUUGGGGAGGGAGUAGUGAAUGAUGCUACUUCUAUUGUGCUUUUCUAUUCGGUCCAAUCAAUUGAUUUCAACAACAUUGAUGCCACAAUAUCAUUGAAACUGUUGGGAACCUUUCUUUACCUCUUCUUCACCAGUACCAUUCUUGGUAUAGUAGCUGGUCUUUUAAGUGCUUUUAUCAUAAAAACGCUUUACUUUGGAAGGCAUUCAACAGACCGGGAGGUUGCUCUCAUGAUGAUCAUGGCCUAUUUGUCAUAUAUGUUGGCUGAGCUACUGAGUCUCAGUGGGAUUUUGACAAUUUUCUUCUGUGGCAUUGUCAUGUCACACUACACAUGGCAUAAUGUUACUGAAAGCUCAAGGGUAACAACAAAGCAUGCAUUUGCAACAAUUUCAUUCAUUGCAGAAACAUUUAUAUUCCUAUAUGUCGGCAUGGAUGCCUUGGACAUUGACAAAUGGAAAGCCAGCAGUGCAGGCGCAGCAACUUUUCUUGCUGUCAGCUCAACACUGUUUGCAUUGGUGUUGGUUGGAAGGGCAGCAUUUGUGUACCCUCUGGCAAAUUUCAUAAACUGUAUUCGGAAACGAGACAGUACAAAGAUUGAGUUUAGACAACAGUUUAUAAUGUGGUGGGCAGGCCUCAUGAGAGGUGCAGUUACCAUUGCACUGUCUUAUAACCAGUUUUCGAACUCUGAGGAUUCAUCGACACAUGAUUCAGCACUGAUGAUCACCUCUACCAUAAUUGUAGUCCUGUUUAGUACAGUGGUCUUUGGUUCCAUAACCAAGCCUUUGAUAGAAGCAGUGCUGCUAAGACAUGCAAAACCCAACAUCUCAGAUGCUACUGAUAUCCCUAGCCUGGAAGACUUAAGAAUCCUGUUCAUUGAGAAUGGUGAACCAAGUGACUUGGCAGAGAAUCAACCACCACCAGCAGUCCCCAAGAGAAGUAGUUUGAGGUUGCUAAUGACUCACCCUACAUGGACUGUCCACUACUUGUGGAGAAAAUUUGAUGACAGAUUCAUGAGACCAGUUUUUGGAGGAAGGGGAUUUGUUCCAUUUGUACCUGGUUCACCCACUGGUGCAGCUGAUGAACCUUCAGCACAGCAUUAAAAAGAAAUUUUCUAUUUUUCUGAUUUGUUGAUUAUGUUCUAUUAA